UGGUCUGGGCCACUAUUCCUCCCAGUACUCCACCCAUGCUGAUAUGGGGACUAGACACACCCCCGCCUCAAACCAUAUUUAAAUACAUGAAAACCUUUGACUUGGUUCGGAUGCUGAAACCGAUUCACAAGGACUAUAUGAUAGUGGUCUACCUGGCCACAGAGCUAACGGCCAAAGAUAUAAACUGCCCUUCAUGCUACCCGAUGAUGAGUCAGAUUUUGCCCGUGCGAUUCUACAGUCAGGUGGAGAAGCCCAUAAGGGCAUUGGACCACAUUAGUCGGGUAUCGAUCAGUCCUGGCCUGGUUUGGCACGUUCUACCCGCGGACGGAACGGAGAUUAAUUUGGCGAAGGAGAUUCCUUGCGAGAUCGGUCGUAUACACUGCUUCAACUUCGGGGAUCGCAAUCUGCCGGCACAUGAUGCCACAAUAGCCGCCGUCUUGGAUGAGCUCAAGAGUUGCCGCGUCAUCCACAUCUACACGGCCUUCGAGGAGGAGUCCCGAGCUCUCAAGCGUCGUAGAUAUUACAGCACGUCCAGCAUGCGCCAUAGCCACAACGAAGAUACGAAUGUCGUCUUCACUGGCGAUGUUGGCCAAAAGGCAGAUCCCACGAAACUCACCAUUCUGCGACAUGAGCUGGCCAUCGUUGGCGUGCUAAAGAUCAUUCUGGCCGAGGAGGUAAAAGUCGGCCAUGAGGUGCACUACAAUCGCACCUACGUUGAGCUGAAAACGGGCAACGAGAGUCUGCAGGUGGGUCUGGUGGGUUCCCACGGCGUCAACGAGGGUUUCGUGAUUGUACUGAAUACCCAUAUGGGCUACAUGCUGAUCGAGAGUUUGCCUGUGGGCGGCAGCUGGCAGAUCACACGCAUUAUUUUCAACAUCAAUGUGACGUACUAUCCGCGGGAACUGAUAUUCUUCAGCUUGAAGAACAGUCUGUGCUGUCAGUCCAUCACCGCCUAUUCGGAUGAAGGAGCCCGCCUGAGCCUGUACUCAUUCCAUUUGGAUGUCAUGACCGAAGCAUCUGACUCCGGCUUUAAUCCGGACUACAAGCCGAAACCGUGCUGGCACUGCAACAAAUACAUAAGUUCCGUCCUCUCCCAGAGCAUCUUCGCACUUGGCCUUCUGAUCUUUGUGCUGUCCGUGGGAUUCAUUAUGCUGUGGGACAUUGGCCGGAACAGCGCUAUCACUCCUGUCCACCUGUCCGGUAGCGCAAUCUUAUCUGUCGCAUUCAAUGGUUUAUUGAGCUCCACGGACAAGACAGUAGCAUCGGAGUAACUCAUCC